GAUAUCGACAUCGAGAUGUUUCUAUGUAUUCGUUCAAUCUGCCUUUUUCUCGAAGUGACUUGCCACGGUGUUUUUUGGCUCAGUUUGGCUUUUGGCUGGCUGUCUAGCUUAAUCCGACUACUGUUGCUGCAUUAUCUCGAAAAGGUGUCUUUUGUCGACCCUAUCACAAAUAUUAAGAACCCAGACUCGUCUUUACUGCUUUCAUCUGGGCUUUCGUGGCCGCAAGCACUCCGCGAGGAAACUGCCUCUUGUUUCUGUCUUUCCUCAGCCCUUAUCUUCGACCUUGUCAUUAUUGGACUGCUUAAGCUAAUAUUCCGGCGACAACGACCCUCUGGAAAUAAACCGCAAGACAUGAGAAUGACAAUUUCUGUGGAUUCUUAUUCUUUUCCCUCAGGUUAG